AUGGGGGCCCUGGAGGCCGUCUUUUUGGCAUUGGCCUUAGGUCUGAGCACUGCCAGCCCACCUAACAUCUUGCUGUUCUUUGCUGAUGACCUGGGCUAUGGGGACCUAGGCUCUUAUGGGCACCCCAGUUCCACCACCCCCAACCUGGAUCAGUUGGCUGCAGGGGGAAUGCGGUUCACAGAUUUCUAUGUGCCUGUGUCUCUGUGCACACCAUCUCGGGCUGCUCUCCUGACUGGCCGGCUCCCAGUUCGAUCAGGAAUGUACCCUGGAGUUCUGGGGCCCAGCUCCCAAGGGGGCCUGCCCCUGGAGGAGGUGACCCUGGCUGAGAUCCUGGCUGCUCGAGGCUAUCUUACAGGGAUGGCUGGCAAGUGGCAUCUUGGAGUGGGGCCAGAAGGGACCUUCCUGCCCCCACAUCAAGGUUUCCAUCGAUUCCUAGGCAUCCCGUAUUCCCAUGACCAGGGUCCCUGUCAGAACCUAACCUGCUUCCCACCAGACACCCCCUGCGAUGGUGGUUGUGACCAGGGCCUGGUUCCCAUCCCAUUGCUGGCUAACCUGUCUGUGGAGGCCCAGCCCCCUUGGCUGCCUGGUCUAGAGGCCCGUUAUGUGUCUUUCGCCCGAGACCUCAUGGCUGAUGCCCAGCGCCAGGGCCGACCAUUCUUCCUGUACUACGCUUCCCACCACACCCACUACCCUCAGUUCAGUGGACAAAACUCAGAGAGCUCAGGCCGUGGGCCUUUUGGGGACUCCUUGAUGGAGCUGGACGCAGCUGUAGGGGCCUUGAUGACAACUGUGGGAGACCUGGGUCUGCUCGGAGAGACACUGGUCAUCUUCACUGCAGAUAAUGGUCCAGAGUUGAUGCGUAUGUCCAGAGGUGGCUGCUCUGGCCUCCUGAGAUGUGGGAAAGGAACAACUUAUGAAGGUGGUGUCCGAGAACCUGCCUUGGCCUUCUGGCCAGGCCACAUUAAGCCUGGUGUAACCCAUGAGCUGGCCAGUUCUCUGGACCUGCUGCCUACCCUGGCAGCCCUGACUGGAGCUCCACUGCCCAAUGUCACCUUGGAUGGUGUUGACAUCAGCUCCGUGCUGCUAGGCACAGGCAAGAGCCAACGGAAGUCUGUCUUCUUCUACCCGCCCUACCCAAACGAGAUUCAUGGAGUCUUUGCUGUGCGGAGUGGGAAAUACAAGGCUCAUUUCUUCACUCAGGGCUCUGCCCACAGCGACACCACUUUCGAUCCUGCCUGUCACGCUGCCAGCCCUCUUACUGCUCAUGAUCCCCCGCUCCUCUAUGACUUGUCUGAGGACCCUGGUGAGAACUACAAUCUUUUGGAAAAUAUGGAAGAGGUCUCCCCAGAAGUUCUACAGGCUCUGAAACACCUCAAGCUGCUCAAGGCCCAGUACGAUGCAACUGUGACCUUCAGCCCCAGCCAGAUAGCCAAGGGUGAGGACCCUGCCCUGCAGAUCUGCUGUCAGCCGAGCUGCACUCCCCACCCAGCCUGCUGCCACUGCCCAGACUCCCAGUCCUAAGGUCCUAGAGAAAAUCACAGGGGUCCCCCAAGGGUAGCCCAGGACCCCUAACCGUAUCCUGAGUGUGUGACGGUUCACCAGAAGAAGGGCAGGGGCAAGUGUGUAGUUUGUAUCUGGUAGUGUAAUAACAUCAGCUGAGACUUGUAGGUGUGCUAAUUCAUCUAGUCCUUGUGGUAACUCUGAGAUCAGUGCUAUUCUCCUAUGCUACAAAUGAGGAAACUGAGGCAUGGGGAAAAUCUCAUGGACCUGUCCAAGUCCUAAGUCACCUUACUAGAAAGAACUUGAUCUAGGAUUUGAACCCGGGCAUCCAGGGUCUGAAAUUUGCCCUGUCACUGAAGCAAUGGACAUGUCUGUUCACAGAAGCCAGUAGUGCAUUCAGGUGCCAGGAACUGUGAGGGAAGGGUGGUGAAGGCAUGGUAUCCAGGAGACCCUAAAAGUGCCCAAUCCUUGGAACAUAGGUUUUCCUCAAAAAGCAUUGUUAGUAGAGGCACUGCAGCUGGCCACCUUGAGUCUUACAAAAAAUCUGUCAUCUGGAAUUAGGUGAUAAACUGCCCAUUCCAAAUAGAGUUAAGGAAUUGGGGGCCCUGCUAGAUCCCAAGAAGGAACAUGAGCAGCUCCUGAGACAGCCCCCUGGGGCUCGCCGGCCUCCCCAGCUCUGCAUUCCUCCAUUGUGCAAUACUUCACGUCUCCUCAUCCCUCCUAAUUUUCUACAAAGCAAUCUUUAAAAAAAAAAACAAAAAACAUCUGUCAGGGGCCAGUGAGAUGACUCUGUGGGUAAAAAUGCUGGCUCUGCGAGCCUGGCAACCUGAGUUCAAUCCCCAGGAACUCACAUGAAAAAGCCUGAUAAAAGGGCCCCACACCUGUAAUCUCAGCACUCUCAGGGAAGAGAGGAAGAAAGGAGGAUUGCCCAGAAUCCUGUGUGCCAGCUAGCCUAGAGUAUGCAGCCUGGUAGAAACGAGAGAUAUCCCGCCUCAGCGAGAUAGGAAGAGAACCAGAUCCCCAGAGUUGUGCUCUGACCUCUGCACACGCUCUGUGGCCCACACAUGUCUGAACUUACAUAUAUCACACUCGCAUGAGCAACAAUAAUACUAAUAAUAAAUGU